CAGACUCAGCCACGCACCAGUGCUCACAGACCUCCACCCAGCCUCAUCCUGUACACCGACCCAGCGACAGCACAGAGAGGCCGUUACCAUGACGACAACGCUGGUGAUUCAGCAGCCCAAGCCCGUGACAGACGCAAUGGAGAGCAGCCAAUGGAGCACGGGGAUCUGCCAGUGUUGGGAAGACAUGUCCACCUGUUGUUUCGUGUUCUGGUGCUGUCCAUGCUUUGCGUGUAAAACAUCACGGGAACAUGGGCAGUGCCUCUGUCUCCCCCUGCUGGACUUCUGUGGCAUAGUUCCUCCCAUCACCUACGCCAUGAGAGUCUCUGUGCGUCAACGCUACGGCAUCACGGACAGUAUGUGCCAUGACUGCCUGUACGCCACAUGCUGCAGAGCAUGCAGCUGGUGCCAGAUUUCCAGAGAGAUGAAGAAACGCUACCAGCCCAUCGUGCUGAUCAAUGCCAAGUCCAAGCAGUGACCAUCCUCUUCCUCAGCGACGCUGCCUAUUCGUGGGACAGAGAAAGAGGUGGCUGCAGAGGGGCUUCUCCUCAGAGCUGUAAAUAGCAGAACAUACUGCACAGUAUUAACACACAAUGCUUAUUUAUCAAUCAGGUGAACAUGUAGGACUCUGUAAACAAAUAUUCCAAAACGGCCGUAAAUUCAUACAUUAUGCUGAAGAUAAUCACUGGAUGCAAUGCAAAAGUUUAUUCAGUUACUUGCGUUAAAUUAUUUGGGUUCUUCUCUUUCCUACCAAAGCAGAAUAGUGACAGAUUUAUCUUCUGCAUUCACACACUGCUCCAUAACACCACAGGAAUAUAACUGAACGAGUGCACGUGUGCACACUGUUAUAACCUGUAAUGCAUGUCAAACGAAUAAAACUCCUUGGGGUGUAAUCUCUGCUGUGUA